AAAGGGUUGCAAGAGUGGUGAGAUGGUGUCACGGCCAGCUGAGAAUUUCUGGUUGGGGACACGGCACCAGUGACCCCUUAGAGCUCAGUUUCCACCUGAGAGACCAUUGUUCAGAGGAUGUGGGAGGUGAGGAAAGGAACCCAGUGUCCUCACACUUGUUUGGGCAAUUGGAUGAAACACAAAGGAGUACACAAGGACAUGGCCCUGAGAGGGUAGCGGGGUCAGGGGAGUUUAUUGAAGAAGGAACAUUGGUGUUGCCCUGUGUGCAGACUGAAGGGAGUGUCCAGUGGGUGGAAGAGAAGGGAGAGAGUUCUUCUGCAAUGAUUAACUUAAGGAGGGCAUUCUGUCUUCCAAUCACACUCCAUUUGCUCAAUGGUUUGGUGAUAAGAUUCACUGAAGAAAUGAGGUAGAGAGCACAGCCUGGGUGCAGAGUCACCUGCGUUGGGAUUCUGCAGAGAUGGCGACAGGAUUCCAGUUUUCCCUGUGGGUUCUCCUUGGACUGCUGCUUUUCUUUAGCAUCAGGCCCGGGGCCGAGGGUGGGAAGGUGCUGGUGGUGCCCAUGGAAGGCAGCCACUGGCUCAGCAUGCGGAAGGUCGUGCAGGAGCUCAGCGCCAGAGGCCACCAGGCUGUCGUCCUUGCUCCAGAUGUGAGUGUGUACAUGAAAGGAGCUGACUUUUUCACUCUGAGAACCUAUGCCACUGCCUACACCCAAGAAGAAUAUCAUCAGUUUAUGAUGGGCCACCCUGAGAUGUUUUUUGAAGAAAUGCAUUUUCUGAAGAUAUAUUUUAAAACUAUAACAAUGACAAAAAGAGUGUCUAUGUUCUUUGAAAAGUCUUGUGCAGAGCUGCUGCAUAACAAAGAGCUGAUCAGGUCCCUGAAUGCCAGCUCAUUUGAUGUGGUUCUAACAGACCCCAUUUACCCCUGUGGGUCCUUGCUGGCUGAGUACCUGUCUGUUCCUGCUGUGUAUUUUUUGCGUUUCCUUCCAUGUGACUGGGAUUUUGAGGGCACACAGAGUCCAAACCCUUCCUCAUAUAUUCCUAGGAUGUUAACCAGGAAUUCGGACCACAUGACUUUCCUGCAGCGAGUCAAGAAUAUACUCUACCCUCUGACCCUGAAAUACAUUUGCGAUUAUUCUUUGUCCCCCUACGCAAGCCUUGCCUCUGAGAUCCUGCAGAGAGAGAUGUCCCUGGUGGAUGUUCUCAGCUACGCGUCCGUGUGGCUGUUCCGAGGAGACUUUGUGAUGGACUAUCCCAGGCCCAUCAUGCCCAACAUGGUCUUCAUUGGGGGCAUAAACUGUGCCCACAGGAAGCCUCUGUCUCAGGUCUGUAUGGGUUCCAGAUGGAGCUCGUUUUUCAAAAACUUUCUUUCCAGUGCUUACAUGUCUAAGAAUCUUUCUAAAGAUGCCUACCUCUCAUUCUCUCUCAUUCUCCCUCAUUUUCUUUGUGGAGAUAAAUGAAGUGUCUGCAGUAGUGGCGUUAAGUUGGAAUGGUCAGUGAGAGGAAAGUGAGGCAGGGGUGAGGGUCCAUAAUGUGUCACAGAAGCCACGGUGUGGCUCCACCAAGAGCAUCCAUUGGUAGAGGCACUGCCUUCAUGGCUGUGCCAUUUCUUCUGCUGUGUAGGAGCAGAGAAGCUGAUCCAUCUGGGAUUUUUGCUUGCUGGUGCUCAGUAGAAGGAUAAAGAAACUAGGAAAUUGUGUUUGUUGCCAGGAAUGGUUUUAAAGGUUCUGUCUUGGAAUGGAUGGACAUGUGAUUACAAGGGCACCUACGCAGUCACGGGAAUUAGAAGUUUCAAAGAGGUUGUGUAAGUUCAGCAGAAGUGAGACAGUGCCAGAAGGAAGACUGGGGUUCAUGAUCAGAGAAAGAAGUAAGUCCAACUUUUCUGAGCUUUUCUGACAGCAUGUUCCCUGACCUGCAGUUUGUCCUUGGAGUAGAAUAUGGGAUGUUCUAGAUUUGGGAAGGCAUCAUGAAAGUUGCAUGUCAAGUGGGUCUUCUACUUCGGACACUGAAAUCAUCCAAGGAUGGUGGUAGGGGUCAGCAGAUCACACCAUGGGCCUAAGAACCCAUUGAAGGUGGGGUCAGUGACAAAGAGACAUGAGUCUAAUAAUAGGUGAAGGGUUUGUCAGGAAUGUUGACCACACCACGGAACCCCUUUCGCUUAAACCCAAGUUUCUGCGGUGGAAACUGCUGCUUUACCAAUAAGUUCAGAGGCUUCUUACAUUAACCCUCAGUAUUUGGGUUUGUUUGCUUGUAUUCUUGGGGACUGGAUUUGGUUUCUUAGUCCAC